UUUCAUUCGUUCGCAACAAAGCUCUUCGAGAACAAUGACAGACCAAACGGAAGAGCAAACGACAACACKACCCGCCGUAGAAGAUUCCGGAAACAACGUGCAACAGAUGACGCCGGUGGUUGAAGAGACCAAGACGAAGCUGGAWAGGAUUACGUUCAGCAUUUGGCCUCCCACGCAACGCACUCGCGACGCCGUUAUCAAACGCCUCAUCCAGACGCUUUCGGAAAAAUCCGUCCUCUCCGAUCGUUAUGGAACAAUACCUGCCGGUGAGGCUGCCGGUGUCGCUCGCCUCAUCGAGGAGGAGGCUUUCAAUGUCGCCAAUAACGCACCUAAAUCUGCUGAAGACAACGAAGACGACGGCAUCGAGCUCCUCCAAUAUUACUCGAAAGAGAUCAGCAAGCGAAUGCUCGAUACCGUCAAGUCCAGAUCCGCCUCAUCGGCGACCUCCUCGACGCUGGAUGAAAAGAAUGGGGCCACCACCGAUGCUACUGCUCACGUUGAGGAAAGCUCGACCGUUGAAACCCUAUCUUAGAGCUGUUGCAAACGGUUAGGGCUUCAUAUUUGUAGCYUUAUCCGUCAGAUCAAUUAAUUUCUAGGGUUUUGAUUUGAUGAGGGUUUGGUUAUAAGUUUUUCAGAUCUAAUAUCGAUCUUGUGUUAAUUUCAUGUUCAUGGAUUUCUGUCUUAAUCGUACCAUCAGUUCUAGGGUUCUGGAAUUCGAUAUGUUAUAUAUCAUAUUUUCUUAAAUUUCUAUUUUGAUCUCUAUGAUUUAUGCAG